UUCUUCUCUUCCUACUCUACACACACACACACACAUACACAGACUCUUCUUUUCUGCUCACCUGCUUAGAACACUCCUCACACAACUGCCAUCUCUCUUUUCCUUCACACACUCACACUCACUCUCUCACACACACACAUAGUGAGAGGACCCUCCAGCGUCCUCGUGCUGAGUUUCUAGGUGGAGGGAGUUUGGUUCCCUCUCCCGUUCACCUCUCACCAUUCCGCCGUGCGGGGAGAACUCCGCGCUGGCGGCCCCACCCCUCUCCCGCCUCAGCCUGGGACGGAAGACCCUGCUGGGGGCCGCAGCCGCCGUCAUGUUGCUUCUCAUCCUGGUGGUGCUCAUCCCUGUCCUGGUCAGCUCAGUGGGUGGCAGCGAGGACGCCGGGCGCUACGAGAUGCUGGGCACCUGCCGCAUGGUCUGCGACCCCUACCUGGAGAAGGCGGGCGGCACGACAGCCGGGGCCAUGGGCACAGCUGUCACUCACAUCCAGGGGGAGGCCGAGGCCCUGUCCGACCACAGCAUGGGCCCCCCGCUCCCCACCUACGCUCACGGGCCACAGGGCAGGCCGGGGCGUCCUGGAAAGCCUGGAACUCCUGGACCUCCAGGACCCCCGGGACCACCUGGUGAGCCAGGUCCGCCGGGACCCGUGGGGCCUCCGGGGGAAAAGAAUGAGGUAGAGCAGCCAGGGAUCUUCUCCUUGGGUGGCAGGGCUGCCACAGGCAUCAGCACUGCCACCUACACGAUGGGGCCCCGCGUGGCAUUCUACGCGGGCCUGCGGAACCCACAGGAGGGCUACGAGAUCCUGAGGUUCGACGAUGUGGUCACCAACAUCGGGAAUAACUACGACGGCGCGUCGGGGAAGUUUGUGUGCAAGGUGCCAGGGACCUACUUCUUUACCUACAAUGUCCUGAUGAGGGGCGGAGACGGGACCAGCAUGUGGGCGGACCUUCUGAAGAACGGACAGGUCAGAGCAAGUGCUAUAGCUCAGGAUCAGGAUCAGAGUUAUGACUACGCCUCGAACACGGUCAUCCUGCAUCUGGACCCUGGAGACGAAAUCUUCAUCAAACUGGAUGGAGGCAAAGCCCACGGCGGCAACAGCAACAAGUACAGCACCUUCGCCGGCUUCAUCCUCUACUCUGAUUAGGGUCAGGAGUCAAAGGGUCACGAGGUGGAGGGGAAAUAGUCAGGGCUCAUGAUUACAUAAAGAGAGAACGUUUCAGUGUCUUGAUCUCCACAGGGAGAGAGAUGAGGAGGACUUGGCUGAUCUGCUGCUUACAGAACUGAAAGUCUUCAGUUACGAGUAGAUUGAGCACAACUGAGGCUCAGCAAGGACAUGGACGGAUUCAUUUCUUUCUUUUUUUUCUUCCUUGUAAACGGAUGUGCUUCAAUUUUGACAGGCAGUCACAUCUAGUUCACUGACUGAUUCUAUUGUUUUUUUUGUUGUUUCUAAUUUAUUUGACGAUUCACAGUUUUGUUUUAUUGCUUCCUUAUAGUCAUUUGUUCAUUUACUUAUUUAUGUAUUUACUUGUUUGUUGGUGGGGUGGUUUCUUUAUUGGUUUAUUUGCUCACUUUCACAUUUAUUUAUUUACCCAUUCUCUCUGUUGUUUGUAGACACUUGAUGCCUAUAUCAGUUCAAUCCAAAUAAGCCAUAUUAAUUUUUUUUCAGAGAAGUUUUCUAUUUUUUAACUCUCAUUUAAAAAAGAAGCCAUGUUCAUCCCACACAAACCUCUAAAGAGCAAAAUCGGAGUCUCGCACAGUAGAUCAGCAAAGCUCUGUUUGUCUCUCUCUUAUCCACUCAUCUUUUCUCUGGGAGUGCUACUUUCACUGUAUGAUGAGGCCGCGAGCGCAGGGUUUUCUGUUUCUGGACAGUAGCCAUGAAACGAUGGUCAAGCCAAGUUGCAUUUAGCCGUUUCAUAAAGAUAUUUGUCUCUGUAUGAGUGUUAGUGUCUCGUCUUUAAAUCUGCGGUGAUAUGUGUCGUGCAUAAUAACUGACCUUAUGAGAAACUAUACCCAGAAGAUCACGAGAUUGGUGUGUCCAACCGAUUCUGAAUUCAAUGUGAAAAAGCACCCUGGUCCUGAUGCUCCAUCCAAAACCAUAGCAUUUAUACCAGUAUCUGUAAAAAAAAAAAAAAAAAACAUUGGAUGUGGAAAUAACGGCUUACGAUUCCCUAAAACCUUGUACUGUGUGGUUUUUAAAAAACAAAAAAACAAACCUAGUAGAGAAAAAACACUACUCAAUGUAAUAAAAAAGAAAGAGAUUAUUUAAGGGCUCCAAUCAGGAAUUGCUGAAACAGCACCGCAGGUCUUUGCUCUAGGAUGGAAAAGACAGUGACUUCACUUAUCUCACUGAUGCAUAUCACUGACGUUAAUUACUUGCAGGUAAUUGCUAGACGAAAGCACAAGUGGUUGGCCUAUUGAGAAAAAGCAGUCCAUCAAUUUAAAGAGAAAGGCUACCACUGGUACAACAAGGUGCAUCUUAUUGGCCUUAGUAAAAACGCAUCAUUAGUAUAGAAAUGAAAUGUCAGAACAUUGUUUCUGAAAUUUACAUUGACUUUUAUUUCCCUGAAGGCAGUAUGAACCCAAGAUAUGUUUUAUUUUGUUUGAUUAAUAUACAUCCAUUCCUGCAUUUCAGACCUGCAACACAUUUCCUAACACUUUGUUGUUAGGACAACAAAGCCUGUACCAUUUUGUAAUGUUGCCAUUCCUUCGUAUUACAAUUAAAAGAGGUUUAGCACUGAGGAUACCAAGCAGUGAAGUUUUUAUGUGUUAUUUUGUAGGCAGGCCAGUCCAUACCUGUAGCUUUUUUCUGCAACCAGGCCUUUUUAAUGUGUAGCAUUAAUGUUUGGCAUUGUCUUGUUGAACAAUGUAUGCACGUGCCUGGAAAAUAUGCCAUCUUCAAUGCGGUACACUGUGUGUUGCUCUAUAUUGUGACCACAAUGCACAAUUCCAAUGUGUUUGGUUCCUUACAGAAGUAUCCAAGCCCAUAGAAGAUGAUGCUGGACAUGGUUAACUUUGUGCCCAUGUGGUUCUAUCAGCUAUUGUUGAAUGGCAGUUCUUGAUGCAGAGCCAUCUGAGGGAUUGGAGAUCACAGGUGUUCAGCUUAGGUUUGUGCCCUUGCCCUUUACGCACUGAAAUUUCUUAGAUUGAUGCAAAUGCAAAUCCCUUCCAAUUGUCAAACUGCAGUCUUUGCUUCCCAAAGAGUCAGCCUAUUAGGAACACUGAUUGUACUAAAAAUACAGCAUCAUUUACUUUUUGUUCCUCUUCACUAGCCCUAAACUGCCCCUUCACAUCUUUUUGGAAAGUGUUGCAGGUCUAAAUUGUAGGAAUGGAUAUGUAUUAAUAAACAAGUUGAUACUUGGAUUUAUAAAGUCUGCAAUUAAUGGUUCUUUAAUGGCUAGAGCAGAUUCAAAUUGUCCCAUGAGCAUCCCUCAGCUUCGCUUCCCCAUAGUCUACAAGUGUAGCCAUUCCUGAUUGGGUUGUUGAGGGUAAAUCUGUAAAUUAUAUUUGCAAUGGAAGACCUCCUGGAAGACAACCCUGCCCUGCCCAUUUCAGUUUCAUCCAAAAUAACCCUUGUUUAUUAGCUAAUUAGCUUGAUCAGAUGUCUAAAGGCUAGCAUGUGGAGGGCAGGAGGAUCUCCAGGACUGGGAUUGGAAACCAAUGGUCUACAGUCUGUAAUUGAACACAUACAGUAUAUAGUAUACUGUACCUUUAGGGUAGGUGCACUGGUGGUGCCAAGGAGGGCACUAGAUAGCAAUGUGGCUACCACUGGAGUUGUUGAGAGAGUCUGUAAUCUACCAUAUGUAUCUGGAUACAUCAAUGUAAACUAUACUUUUGCUAAUAAAUGGAGAUUUUCUAACAA